AUGUUGCUGCUUGCAGAAGUAGUGCUAAUUGCUCUUUUCUCAAGAGCUGAAAAGCCUGUUUGUCAGCAAUAUGGAACACAAGAACUGCUUCAGUUCUCCAAAGAAGGUGACAUCAUUUUAGGAGGAAUUUUUUCAUUCCAUAAAAAUCCCAUUCUUGUUAAACCAACAUUUAAAGUCAACCCAGGACACAUCCAGUGUGAAGGAUUAAAUCCUGGAGAAUUGCAAUAUGCACAAACCAUGAUCUUUGCUAUUGAAGAAAUCAACAACAGUUCAGACAUCCUUCCUGCUGUUUCCCUGGGCUAUAAGAUAUAUGAGGCUUGUCGUUCAAUACCAUUGUCUAUAAAAGCAUCAUUAGAUUUAAUGAAUGGGCAGGAAAAAGGAUUUAUCACAGACCAGUCCUGCACCAAAUCAUCUUCAGUCCACGCCAUCAUAGGACAGUCCAGCUCCACUCUUACAAUAGGAAUUGCAGCAACUGUUGGACCUUUUCACAUACCUGUGAUAAGUCACUUUGCUUCCUGUGCCUGCCUCAGUAACAGAAAGGAGUUCCCCAGCUUCUUCAGGACAAUUCCCAGUGAUUAUUACCAAAGCAGAGCCCUGGCAAAGCUUGUGAAGCACUUUGGAUGGACCUGGGUUGGGGCCAUUAGAAGCAACAAUGAUUAUGGCAAUGAUGGUAUGGCUACCUUUUUACAAGCUGCUCAGAAAGAGGGCAUCUGUAUUGAGUAUUCAGAGUCCAUUUUCAGAAGUGACCCGAAAGAGAAAUUACUUAAAGUUGUGGACAUUGUGAAAAAAUCAACUUCAAGAGUAGUUGUUGCUUUUACAUCUUCUUUAGAUAUGGAAAUACUGGCAAAAGAACUGUUUAUUCAAAAUGUCACAGGUUUCCAGUGGGUGGGCAGUGAAGCAUGGGUUACUAACAGAUAUGUUGGAUCAAAGGAAGGUUAUAAAGUCCUGGGUGGGGCCGUUGGCUUCGCAAUUCCGAAUGCAGAAAUACCAGGUCUGAAGGAAUUUAUUCUAAAUGCUCGUCCAUCAGACACUUCUGGAAACACUGGCUUAAACGAAUUGUGGGAGACUAUUUUCAAUUGCAGUUUAAGGUCUCAUAAUGAUUCAAGUACUAAGCCAUGCACAAGAACAGAGACCUUGAAAGGAAUAAGCAAUCAAUACACGGAUGUAUCAGAACUGAGGAUAUCCAACAAUGUGUAUAAAGCAGUGUACGCUGUAGCCCAUUCAUUACACAACCGUUUUACUUGCAAAAUCAGUCAAGGAUCAUCUGAUGAUGAAGCAUGUGCCAACAAAAAGAAAAUUGAACCUUGGCAGGUGCUACAUUAUUUGAGAAGAGUAAACUUCACCACCAGGAGUGGAGACAGUGUGUAUUUUGAUAAAAAUGGGGAUCCAGCAGCUCGGUACACACUUAUAAACUGGCAGCCUAAUGAGGAAGGAAUUACAAUAUUUCAGACUAUUGGUCUAUAUGAUGACUCCCUACCAGAAGGACAGCAGUUUAUAAUGAAUUACAUCAGGCCUGUGUGGGCAGGAGAUCAGCAUAAGGUGCCAAGAUCGGUCUGCAGUGAGAGCUGCCUUCCAGGGACUCGUAAGGCCAUUGAGAAAGGGAAGCCAGUCUGCUGCUUCGUCUGCAUCUCCUGUGCAGAGGGAGAGUUCAGUAAUGUAACAGAUUCAGUUGAUUGCUCAAAAUGUCCCCUGGAAUACAGAUCAAAUGAACAAAGAAGUCAAUGUAUCCUAAAAAGUAUUGAGUUUCUGUCAUUUGGAGAAUUAAUGGGAAUACUUUUAGUCACAUGCUCUGGAUUUGGAACUUCCCUAACCAUAGCAAUUGCUUUUGUUUUCUUCAGAUACAGAUAUACUGCCAUUGUAAAAGCCAAUAACUCUGAACUGAGUUUCCUUCUGCUCUUUUCAUUGACUCUGUGUUUCCUCUGUUCACUUACUUUCAUUGGCCAGCCCUCUGACUGGUCCUGUAUGUUGCGCCACACAGCCUUUGGGAUCACAUUUGUCCUGUGCAUCUCUUGUGUUCUGGGGAAAACAAUAGUGGUGUUAAUGGCCUUUAGGGCUACACUGCCAGGCAAUAACAUUAUGAAAUGGUUUGGGCCCACACAGCAAAGGUUAAGUGUUCUCGCUUUCACACUAGUACAGGUCUUGAUUUGUUUUCUUUGGUUAAAAAUAUCACCUCCUUUUCCAAACAAAAACAUGAAAUACUAUGCAGACAGAAUCAUUCUGGAGUGUGACCUGGGAUCUGUAGGUGCAUUCUGUGCUGUGUUAGGGUAUAUAGGAUUCCUCUCUGCCAUGUGCUUUGUGCUCGCUUUCCUGGCUCGGAAGCUGCCUGAUAACUUCAAUGAAGCCAAAUGCAUUACAUUCAGCAUGCUCAUAUUCUGUAAAGUCUGGAUCACUUUUAUCCCAGCUUAUGUUAGUUCUCCGGGGAAGUUUACAGUAGCUGUGGAAAUAUUUGCUAUUUUAGCUUCAAGUUAUGGUUUGCUAUUCUGUAUUUUUAUGCCAAAAUGUUACAUUAUUUUAUUUAAACCAGAACAAAAUACAAAACAGCAUGUGAUGGGGAAAAUGCCCUCAAAAUCUCUGUAA